AUGAAAUCGGGCAUAAAUUUCCGGGUUGUGCCGGGUUUGUGUGUUUUGUUACUGGUGGCGUGUAUCCCGGGGGCGAAAGCGUUCUCACUUUCGGAAAGUUAUAACAGUUUUGUUAAUGGAAAUGGGCACUAUCGUGGGCGUGCUUUGAGUGGAAAUGGGCAAUAUGGUGGUGGUGGUGGGGGUGGGGGUGGUGGUCGUGCUAUAAUUGGAAACCCUGAUUCUGCAGAAUCCGGCAGUUACGAGGAAUCGAAUGAAGUCGAAAUACGGCCAAGUCCGACGCAAAAAAGUACAUAUUUUGUAACCGCGACAAAAUAUGGGGACGAAUUGUUAUCAAAUCCACCCGGAUUGCGGAGUGGGUAUAGAGAAUUCGUCUCACCAGGUCCUCAAGAACUACCCCGGUACGGAAGUCCACUCCCCUCAUUCGCCCCCAUGCCGACGAGUACGCAGGAAACGGUCAGAUCUUCACCUCGAGAUCAAGGCGACACUGACGACGACAUUGGCACCGACGACGACGACGACAGCCAACCCGACUUUUCCCCCGAAGAACUUGACGACACUGCACCUCCUCCUGUCCUGCCUGACCAGGAGGGGACAGUUGAACCCGUCCAAAGUACCGUCAUCCCCCAGGAGCCUGACCUGACGAGUGCCCCUUCUGAAAUCGUGCCCGAAGUUUACAACGGAUUGGAACCAUUCGACGAGGAAGAUAAGCCCAACAUGACGACUCCUCCGGUUCAAUUGGACGAAGAAGAGAAGGCGGAACUCGUCAUGGAACCAAUCCCCACACCGAUGGCGCUUAUCUCCUCGAACGGAGAGGGAAGCAAUCCCCCCUUGGAGGAAGAGUUUGCCGAAGCCUUUAAAAAAUUUGGUCCGAAUGGGCGACGUCGUCGCAUCCGGCCGGGCGGUGGGGGGAAAAGGAGGGUGAGAAUGCGGGUCAAAAAACUUAAUCGGGCUCCUUCCUCUUCUCGGGAAAUUAUUAACCUGGAAAGUCCGACGAUCUAUGAAGAUCCCGUCGUUUUGGAGGAACAACAGCAGCAACCAACACGGAGACCUCGUCGAUACAGAAGCACGACGCCGAACACUCCACAAGAUCAAGAAGACGUCAGCCCAACGAUGCCCGAACCCACGGCUACCACCACCGUGAUUAAGAAUGGGCCUAAACCCAUCAUAAUUUCAGACGUGCACUCCGGAAGCACCGGACUCACGGCGGUGUCCUCUUCACAGAUUCCGCAAUUAGAACGACCCGGUUUAGGGGGAGGAUUUACGGAGCAGAUAAGCACCUAUUUCUUCACUCCGCCACCCCGAAUUUCAACCACGGAGGAGCCCAAACUUCAAAAUAAUAAUAAUUCUGAUGGAGGUUUCGAAGGUUUGAAGAUGACUUCGGCUUCGAUUGAAAACCAGCUUCAUAGUUCGAGCUCGUUCGCCUUGCAGAAUCAUCCCUGGGACACGGCGGCGGACAAGAAGGAUAAGGACGGAAUAAAUGAUAAGCCAGAUAAGCAGGAGAGGAUCCGGAUAAGAGGCGGGCACAAAGACAGCGUCACAAUAGUUACACCCGUGCCGACAAAGAAUGAGCCCGAAAAGAGCGAGAGCGUGGUCCGGAAGAUGGUCCACACUCCGAUGGAGGAUAGAAACUAUAACGUCCAUAGCGGACAGCAGCAACAAGACGGGAUGAUGAUGAUGGACUUUGACGGGGGGAACAGAAAUUUCGCUCAUCAUGACGACGAAGGGCAAAGAAAUUCCUUCGGUUUUACGGGAAUGGUGGGGAAUCCCAGUGGCGAAAAUACUGGGUUUUUCUCCCCCAACUCGGCAGGUUCGGAAGCUUCUGCUGCUGCUGCUCCAUUCAGUAACUUUGAGUCGAACCCACCCUUCCCCCCACGUGGAAGAGGUAGCGGAGGCGGAGGAGAUCGUGACCACCACCCAAGGUCGCACUACGACCGGACCAAAGAUCCAUUCUUCACGUCGAACCCCUUCUUCAAAAGUGGAAACCCAUUCUCCUCACCACCGUCUUCCGCGUCUGGUGAAACCCAUCAAGUCAAAGGGGCCUACGAGCAUCACAGCAUGGAGGGAUCCCCCACCGGCCCGGAAAGUGACGCGAGUCAAAUGCAAUUACCACUUUUCGAUAAGAAUGGUGCCUACAUGUCGUUGAGCACGAUGUCCCCCAUGGCGGCGGAACAGUUCUACGCCCCACCACACGACGACCUGCAAGGCGACUACGGAACCAGUACGCACUACGCACCCGUCGAAUUUAAGAGCAGUCCGGCCGACCCACGCGACAAGAACAAUAAUCUUCGUGGAAGAGAGACUUUCACUCAACGGCAGCGCCCAGGCUUCCCCACGGAACCCGACUACAACUACGACCCUGGGAAAGGUAACCUCCCAAACCCGCAAGCGCAACAUGGCUACCCGCCACCAGAGUUUUCUCCCAACGGGGACGGCGACGUCAACCCGGGCAGCAACCCGAACUAUCCGGACGACCUGAGUGAAAACAUGAUUCACAGCGAGCACGAUGUGCAGAGCGAGUACGGGAGUAAAAAUCCGACCGCCCUUUCCCUCUCGCAAGCCACUGCGCCGACGGAACAUCAGAAGGAAUUUGCCAACCACAAUUAUCUUGGGACCCAGGACCUCGCCCCGCAGGAAGACGGGCAGAUGUCCAACUACAGCGAGUACAACGAAAUAAUUUCGCAUCACCAUUCCCUCCCCCCGAAUAACGGGCAGGAAGAAAUGGCCGCGCAGAUGUAUGCACUCCCACCAAAUCAAGGCGGUAGUGGGGACGGUACUGGAUUCCAACAACAAGCCUACAACACCGACAACAAUCGCCCCCUUCACCCCCACCACAACCAUCGCCCUCCACCCCCUCACUUUUUCAGGAAUAGUGUCCCCCCCAUGAUGCACCAUCAUCCCCACCACCACCCCAGAUUCUCCCACCAACGUCUCCCCAUGCCCAACACGCCACUCUACUCCGUCGCCCCAAGUCCAUUCGGCGGCGGAGGAGGAGAUGGGAUUGGUCAACCACCUCCCGAUUUCUCUAUGUCGUCAUCCCCCCAUGUCAACAUGCCGAUGCCAGGACUGAACAAUAUUCCCCCACCACCAUCGGAACAGGAGGCGUUAAGCCAGGUCCAGCCGAACCACCAUUUUCCUCCUCACACGCACUCCAUGUCGGACAGGCCGGACUACGAGCCGGCAAAUCCUCCCUUGCCACCCGGGCAUCCGAUGGAGAUAAACUACCCUCCUCCUUCAUUCGGAGGGGAAGUGAUGAGCAAUCAUAUCGAUGAUACUCCGCCAGGUCAAGGAGGUUAUCAUCAACCCCACUUUGACGACCAUCUCAACCCUUCCGGGGGAAAUCAUAAUCAUCAAAACCACAACUACAAUGGUGGUGGUGGUGACAGACCGAAUGGGAACAACGCUCCCGGGUAUGAUAUCCUCUCCGCUUAUUACGAUAAGCCCCCACCCACCGUCGGGUCGCCGGAUUACGAUCGUCCCUCCACCAACAACAAUGAUAACCUCUUAUCCAAAGUCCCAUUCCAAUAUUCCAGCAGUGACGGGGGCGGUUUGGACAAUAACAAUGUCCCAUUUACCGGAAAGCAAAAGGACACCGAGCCCCCCUCUGACACGACGAAGGAGAAAAGUCCCGAGGACAAAAACCUGACCGCGAUGUACAGCGAAACCCCGUACGUCCUCAUGUUCCCACAACUCGUCCCGGAAGCCGCGAUGAUUCCCCCGCCCCCAAAAAUCCUCACCAAAGAAAUCCCCGUUGUCCAAGCGAGCUCCUUGUCCACCAUGCACUUCACCCCGGAAGGGAAACCCGUCCUUCCCCCGGGCAUGAAGGCCGUCGCGGUCCACCCGAGACACCAGAUGUACCAAGUUCUCGCUAAAGCCCACUACGACAAAGCCCUCCAGCAGUACAUGGAAGCCAGGAAAAAACCCCCAUCCGCCAUUUACACCCCGUACGGCAUUCUCGUCCCCAUGGGACCGUCCGCCUCGGCUUCGACGAAUCAUGAAAAGUAUGCCAAGCUAGAAAGUCACCAGGCCCGUCAUGGCAAAACGGAGAAGCAAAACCACGCCAAGGACCCCCACGAGAGAACCCUGCUCCACUUACUGCUCGGGAAGAAGAGCCCCCUCGGACACUUUCACCUCCUCAAGUCCGCCUCCAUCAAGAAUGGGCGACUCAAGCAGCAUUUCGACAUAAAAGCAAACAUCGACCCGGCACUGGACCUGCUCGCGGAAAAGCUGGCGCUAAAACUAUCCGCGGCCAAGUAUCUGCUCACCGCGCCGGCGAAAUUUGGCGUGCACGCGUUUUCCAAGCCGAAACAGCACACCGCAAGCUAUUCGGAACAUAGCCCGCAAGUCGUGGAGUCUCCUUCCCUCGGAGGUGGACAGACUUCUGCUUACGCCAACUCGAUAUCCCUCGGGUCAGAGUUGAAGGACAUUUUAGCCGCUAGUCAGUCCGCCUAUGACCAGCAGCAGAAGCAAGUCAAGGGCGAAGUGGUGGACCCCGAGUUGAAAAAUGAGCUUAAAAACAUGUUAAAGGACCGUUUAAGAGAAAUUCUAGAGGAGACUGAUAACACGAUGGAGAUGGAGAAGGAACACUUGGCCUCACUCGCGAGCAAUCUGGUCCACACGACGAAGGCACAUCCUGCUGCCGGGAACCCGAAGUGGUCCGCCUAUUUCCCCCCGACACCACCCAGCGGGGGUCUGAUUGGCACGAUUAAACGCCUCUUUUUCGGAAAUCCUUCCUCCUCCGGGACUACCACACUACUUUCCGGAAACGAAAGGUCUGACACGAUUCUUGACAACCCUGUCAGAAACGUGGGGGCGCACCCGUUCGGGUCGGGAAGCAGUUUAAAUUUCCUAAAUUCCGUGGGAAGGAUGGGAAUGUCGGAGGCUUCUUCCCUUCGGACGAAAGCGUUACUUGACCCGUUCGGACCGCCGUACGAGACAUCCUCAGGUUCGGAAAAGAAGGUGAAAAAACAGCUCGAGAAAUGGUUGGACAUGGUCUUAAAAUCGUCCCCUUCGACGUCUUCCUCCUCCUCCUCCGACAUGGCGACGAGCGAGUCGAAACAACACCCCGUCUGGGUCUCGUCGCCCCCUCCGAGUCCAACCUCUUGGGGGAAGAAUGACUCCAUCUUUUCCCACUUUAUUAAACCGGACACCCCCGUUAAAAAGUCAUCCUUGGCCAGCUUAUCACUUGCCGCAGCGGCCAACAGUUUAGGUCUGCCGGGGUCAUUUAGUACCGGACAGAAAUCGUCAUCCACCACCAGUAAUUUCUUAGCGUCAAAUUGGACCCCCAUGGUUUCCUCCGCAUUUAGGUCAGUCUUUAACUAUUCUCCACUCAAAUCAAAUAACCCCCAGCAGCAGCAGCAGAAAACAACGACGACAAGUUUUAUGAAAACGACGUCCACCACGUGAACAAAAUCGACAAAUAUUUGUGAAUGUCUGCUCAAAAAAAUUACGAUAUUGAUGGUAGAAAUUGUUAGUUAUUGUUAUUGUUAUUACUAUUAAGCCAUAAUAUACAUACCAUUAGAUAACGUUACGUACGUAGAUAACCCACACUUUUCCGCCCAUGCCUGCACAUUUAAGUAAUAAAAAAUUUAAUAUUUUUCUGCAAGUCGAAACUUUCUCAUGUUUUUGUUGGUCGAAUUAAUCUAAUUUUUCAUGCAAAAUAACCUCUAAUAAUUUCAUAGAUAUUAUUUUUGCUUAGUUUACGCAGUUAUUACGUAACUUAUUUUUCAUUUAUGAAUAUGUAAAACGUGUGUGUAUCAUGUGACUGAUUCAAUAAAAUCAACUGCUUGUACUAAAUAACUUCUCACGGUAUUAUAUUUUGUUUAAUAGUUUUUAUUAAAAGUCGCGGUGUAAUCAAGAGGUACAAAGACAACAAUUUUUUUAAUGCUUCAUAAUAAUUAAGUAAGUAGUAGAGUUAUAUUUAAUAACUAUAACUUUUUUGAAAUUUCAAAUAAUCUAACUUU